AUGAAUGAUAUAGAUAAUAUAUAUUUUUCAACACUUAUAUUAAUCAACGCCAUUAAUAUGAAUAAUCUAUUAUUUCUUUCACAAGAGGAUAACAAGCAAUUCGAGAAAAUGAAGAAAAUUUCAAUUAUUGUUGUUGUAUGGAUCUCAGUAUUGGCUAUUCAUUUGAGCAAUAGUUUUGUUCAAGCUGCUGAUGAAGAAGAAUUCGAAGAAGAACCAUUCGAUGCUCUCUCCUUUCUCGUCGGCAAACGGGUUUAUAAACAAUUUAAAACAAAAUGUGAAGAACAAAAACGUGAAGCAAAAGCAGCCUAUGAAUCACGUUGUGAACCAUCAAUUCAUCUUAAAUUAUCAAAUAAAAAUGCAGCCGACAAACCUCGUUCUACAUCAAAUGAAUUUCUUCGUCAAAAACGUGGCAUAUUCCAUCCGGGUCUGACCUCGUGUGAAGAACAAAAACGUGAAGCUCGAGAAGAUUACGAAGAAAGAUGUGAACCAUCGAUUCCAUGGCAACGAAAUCGUAACAGCAAUCGUUUCUGUCCCGAUAUCAACGAUUGGCAAGAAUUGGAUACUUACGAAAUUGGAGAUGGAGGUGGCUUUGAUUUAGAUACAUUGAGUAAAUUAGUACCACAAAAUAUGAGCAUGGAAAAAAUUAUUGGUGGUGUUAUCGGUGCGGCUCAUGCUAAUCAUUUUCUAAAACGAACUUUUUUCCAUCCUGGCAGAACCAGUUGUGAAGAACAAAAACGUGAAGCACGAGAAGAUUACGAGGAACGAUGUGAACCAUCUUUUCCACUUUAUCGAAAUACUGGAACAAACCGUUAUUGUCCAGAUAUUAAUAGUUGGGCGGAAUUAGAUACUUAUGAAAUCGGUGAUGGAUACGAAUCGCGUGUUCCAAUACAUGAUGAUCGAAAGAAUAGAAAUCAAUACGAUGCUUACAGCGUUAACUAUCCUCGUUCAACUACAACUACUUCUACUACUACUAACGAAGAGCUUGAAGUGGAUAGCAAUUCUUAA